ACUUUCGGACAAGUAGGGAGUUGCGAAGCAUUUACAAAUCAAUAUUUAUUUCGUCGCGUGGUCUAAGAUGAAAGUAAGCACGGUUUCAAUUGUCAUGGCAAUCCUUUGCACCCUGUCAUCUUGGCGGAGCGCAAAGGGCGGCGAUACUAUUGCAAUUGCCGCCAACAAUUCUUCUGCAAUUGCCCUCAGCACGGGCUCAUAUGGUACAGGCCCAAAUGCGGUCGUACCAAAACCAAGUACACCAUCAAACGGGGGCAGUUCGAGUGGAAGUAAUGGUGGAAACCCGGAAACGGACAAAAUUGAAACAACAACCAUGAGCAAUAGUAAGUGGAGAGAGGAGCUUGAAAGAAGACUAGCUCAAAUAUAUCAAAAUAUAAAUGAAAAAGACCUAGGCAGGCUCAUCAAUGAUUUGAUGAGUGCUAUCCUAGAAACUCUCGUUAAAACUGAUAUACCUGAGGGCAUUGGAACAGAACUAUAUUUCGCCUUGAAAAUAUUAAUAAAAGCUAGUAACGAGGAUUACGCGACUAAGAAGGCUGCCUUCAACCAAGCGCUCUGUAAACUGUUCGGAAUCUUGUAUGGCGGAGGGAAACCGGACAAAAUUGAAACAACAACCAUGAGCAAUAGUAAGUGGAGAGAGGAGCUUGAAAGAAGACUAGCUCAAAUAUAUCAAAAUAUAAAUGAAAAAGACCUAGGCAGGCUCAUCAAUGAUUUGAUGAGUGCUAUCCUAGUAACUCUCGCUAAAGCUGAUGUACCUGAGGCCAUUAGAGCAGAACUAAAUUUCGCCUUGAAAAUAUUAAUAAAAGCUAGUAACGAGGAUUACGCGACUAAGAAGGCUGCCUUCAACCAAGCGCUCUGUAAACUGUUCGGAAUCUUGUAUGGCGGAGGGAAACCGGACAAAAUUGAAACAACAACCAUGAGCUAUAGUAAGUGGGGAGAUGACCUUUUAAGAGCACUAGAUGAAAUAUAUAAGGCGAUGGAAAGAGAUAAUUUAGACAGGGACAUCAAUGCUUUGAUUAGUUUGAUCGAAGAAUAUCUCGCCAAAGCUGGUGCAUCUGGGGCCACGACAGCAGAACUAGAUUACUGUUUGAAAAUAUUAAUAAAAGCUAAUGGCAGUAUUGACGUGACUGUUAAGAAUUCUGCCUACAAUAAUGCGUUCUGUACACUGAUCAGAAUCGUAAAAGAGUGAAGUGCCAGCUUAAACGACAGUUACAUACAUAUAUAUAAUACACUAUAACUGAUGAUAUAAACAAUUUAUAUUAUAUGAGAUACCUUAAAUUCUAUGAUUAAUUAUAUAGUCCGAUCCAUAUUUUGAGCCAUAUCUCCAGCUUUUGUGCGAUAAAUAUAAAUCUAUUAAGCAGCA